AUGAAGCUUUCCAUUCUAUCUACUAUCGCCGUCUUGGCUUCCACUGCUGAGGCCUUUGCUCCUCAACCAACCUCGUUCCGAGCGGCGUCUUCGGCCUUGAAUGCCAAGUACAAAACAAUGGACGAAAUCUUGGCUCUGUUCCCUGAAGAAAAGCCAGUUUUGAUCAACUUUUACGAUGCCACCACUGAAGAAGCCAUCAAGUCGGACCUUUUGACCACUAAGGCUUUGUUGAAGGAGCGAGCUACCAUGGUCAGCAUCAAGCAACAAGAUUACCCUGAAUUGGCCAAGCUAUGGGAUGCCGAUUCGAAAUCACCGUCCAUGAUCCUUUUCAAGGAUGGAACCCCAGUCAAGAGAAUCUACGGAAAGACCGAUUACAUGGAUAUCAUUACUGACAUUUCAAAAUACACUCAAGACGAUUAA